UGUACCUUGAGUAUCAACCUCCAUCAUGUCUCUAGGCCGUGUCUCAUACCUAGAGUCGUGGGAACAUCAUCCACCACCAUUCAUUCGGCGACAACCUAGUUUUAAUGAUGCCGCAUCAGGUGACGGGGAAACCAUCAGUCGACAUUCCCGCGCACAAAGCCCCGACACAGCUUUUUUACAUUCUUCGUUACCGUCGAGCUUCUCCAAUAGAGCUGUGCGCCACAGAUUGAGCUUCAACCCCGUUGUAGGAAGAGGAUGGGCCCAUAGUUCUGCAGCCGAACCAGAUGAAGAGCACAGACCGCUGUUUCGGUCUGAUGUCAGCCCUGACUUGACGGUUAGGGAUGGAGUUUCGGCGAGACUCGCAGAAGAAGGAGUUGCAGUAGAGGACGUAUUUCGGGAUCCAAAGUGGGAUACUGCAGUGACAACCCCGGCUUUUGAAGUGAGCAGUGGAAAGAGAAUAUUACAGGUGGCAGUAGCAGUUACUUAUUGCUUGCUUGCUGCCGGUCCAGUGUUUGGUUUCGCGGCCAUCAAACCAGUAUUUAUACGGGAAGGUGUUUACCGAAAUCGAUGUACUAGUGAGGAACUAGAACAUGGAUUUGGGCUAUGUUAUGGGCAAGAGACUCGACUCAAUUUGAUGUUCACCAUCGCGGCAGUUGCGACGAAUAUUUGCGCCUUGCCGGUAGGCACAUUGCUCGAUACUUACGGCCCCAGAGUCAGCGGAAUUAUAGGAAGCGUCCUCAUAGCUAUCGGUGCUCUUUUAUUGGCAAUCGCCUCCAGAAUCCAUUUCGAUGCCUAUAUUCCCGGAUAUCUUUUUCUCGCAUUGGGCGGUCCUUUUGUGUUCAUCUCGUCUUUCCAGCUGUCGAAUGCCUUCCCUUCACGUUCCGGCUUAAUUUUGUCACUUUUGACUGGCGCAUUCGACGCGUCGAGCGCUCUGUUUCUGAUUUUCCGACUUAUCAAUGAGAAAACUGAUGGCAUGUUUACCGUUCAGAAGUUCUUUACAAUUUAUUUGAUUGUCCCGGUAUUCAUUCUACUCGCUGAAUUGUUCAUUAUGCCAGGCACUUCUUACAAGACUGCUGGCGAGCUCGUUCUCCAAGCAGAACAAGCCAUUGUUGCGGAAGCCAAUGACACUGUUGAUGAGUCCCUACCGGAGCCGGACGAGGCUGAGAGGCAGCGUGAAGACCGCCGGGCUCAACGACAGGAUAUUGUUAAUAACAUACAAGGUCUCCUUGAGGGCUCCAACGAUCGGAAGAUUGAUGACGUGAUUUUCCGCGAGGCUGUACCGGAAGCAGCUAAUCACCAAAUUCAGGAACCUGUUCAGAAACCCGAUACUCGAUCUCCAGUAUCAAGCGACAACAAACACAGGUCAGGGGGUGUUUGGGGCGCUAUGCACGGAGCGUCAGCUCUUCAGCAGAUCCGCAGUCCCUGGUUCAUCCUUAUCACUGUGUUUACGGUGCUGCAAAUGCUGCGCAUCAACUACUUCGUCGCAACAGUUCGGUCUCAAUAUGACUAUCUCCUUGGCUCGCCAGAACUAGCUAAGCAGCUAAAUGAGUUCUUUGACCUUGCGCUCCCGGUAGGAGGGCUCAUUGCCAUCCCGUUUAUUGGCACUGUUCUUGACACUGCCAGCACCGCAAUGGUUCUUUUCGCUUUGGUUAGCACGUCCACCAUUAUUGGUAUUCUUGGUUGUAUUCCCGGCAAUACUGGCUUCGGAUAUGCCAAUGUCAUUCUGUUUGUAGCUUAUCGUCCGUUUUACUACACUGCGGUCUCAGACUAUGUAGCGAAGGUGUUUGGGUUCCAGACCUUUGGCAAAGUAUACGGACUGGUAAUUGCUCUUGCCGGUAUUUGUAACUUUCUGCAGACGGGCCUUGAUGCGUUGACUUUUAAGGUCUUUCAUCGUAACCCUACGCCGGCAAAUAUUAUCCUGACCGUUGCGGUUGCUGUUGUCGGCUUCUUCCUGGUGACUUAUGUUUCUUCCAAGGCUCGCGCUUUGGCACAUGCACACUCGCAAACUGACGGAACUGGGGAAGAGCAAGCGUUGAUAUCGGAGGAUCAGAGUGGAGGUCAGAACGGGGGUUCGUACGGAACGGUUUGA